AUGCUUUCCUAUCUUUGCUUUGUUUUCUCCAAUAUUGUUUUCAUCUAUCUAUCUCUAUUCUUAGCUAGCUAUCUGUCUGUCUGUCGGUCUGUCCUUUCAAACCUAUCUAUCUAUAUUAUCUAUCUAUCUAUCAUCUAUCUAUCUCAGUCACUUCAUAUCUAUUCAUCUAUCUAUCUAUCUAUCUCACAGAGGGCUUCUCACUGGACUCUUCUUCUCUUCUUCUUCUUCUUCUUCUUCUCCUUCCUUCCCUUUCUUCUUCCUCCUCCUCCUCCCUCCUUCUUUCUUCUCCCUCCUUCUCCUUCUUCUUCUACCUCCUCCCCUCCUCUUCCUCCUCAUCCCCCUCCUCCUCCUUCUUCUUCCCUCCUCCUCUUCUUCCUCCUCCCCUCCUCCCUCCUUCUUCUUCUUCUUCUUCUCCUCCUCCUCCUUCUUCCUCCUCCUCCUUCUUCUUUCCUCCUCCUCCUCCUUCCUUCUUCUCCUCCUCCUCCUCCUCCCUCCCUCCCUCCCUCCUCCUCCUUUCUUCUUCUUCUUCUUCUUCUCUUCAUCUUCUUCCUCCUCCUCCUCCUCCUUCUUCUUCUUCUCAUCCUCCUCCUUUUCUCCUCCUUCCUCCUCCUCCUCCUUCUCCUUCUUCUUCUUUUCUUCUUCUUCUUUGUUUCUUGGUUCUUUCUUUUUUUUUAUUUUUUGCUUCUACUGCUUCUACUCCACCUUUUUUCUUUUCUUUCUCUUUUUUAUUCUUCCUCUUUUUCUUUUAUUCUUCUUCUUCUUCUUCUUCUUUUUUCUACUCCUCCUCCUUCUUCUUCUUCUUUUUGCUUCACCCUCUUCCCUUCUUCUUCUUCUUCUUCUUCUUCUGCAUCAUUUUCUUUUUCUUCUUCACUUUUCAUUUUAUCUACCUUUUUCCUUCCCUCUUCUUCUUUUCUUCUUCUUUUUGCUGCUUUUUCUUCUUUUCUCACUUUCUUUUUCAUCUUUUCCUCUUUCUUUCCUUUUGCUUCUACCUCUUCUCCUUCUUUCUUCUUCUUCUUCUGCUUUUUUCAUUCCUCCUCAUCUUCUUCAUCUUCUUCGUCGUCUAUCUUCUUCUUUUUUUUCAGUAAUUUUUUCUUUCUUCUUCUUCUUUUCAAUUUUUCUUUUCUUCUUCUUCUUUUUCUAAUUCUUCUUUUCUUCUUUUUUCUAAUUCUUCUUCUUUUCUUCUUCUUUUUCAAUUCUUUUCUUUCUUCUUCUUCUUUUCUAAUUCUUCUUUUCUUCUUCUUUUUCUAA